AUGAUACAUUAUGCAAUACAUGAUUGUUUUGCAACAACAUGUUUAAUUCGACCUGCAUUACCAUCAUCAACACGAGCUAAUAACAACCCAAGACAUACAAAUAUUAAUCAACAAAUAAUUAAGAAUAUUAAUGAUGAUAUUGAAUUAGUCUCCGAUGAUGAUGAUGAUGAUGAAAUAACAGUUAAUCAAUGUAUUAAAAUUACUAUUAAUAAUGAUAUGUUAUAUGAAGAAAUUUCAAAUGAUGAUAAUGAAUUAAAUAAAGCAUUACCACCAAAUAAUAAUGAAUCAUUAUAUGAAGGAAUAUCAGCUGAUGAUAAUGAACCAAAUCCAACAUUACCACCAAAUGAUAAUGAUUUAUGUGUCAACAACCAUUCUAUGGUUGAUGAUGACAAAAAUAAUGAUCAAUCUGACUCGGUGAAGUAUAAAUCACGUCAUCAAAAUAGAUCAGUUGAAGCAAGAAGAAGAAGAAGAAAUCGUAAAAGAAAAGAUGUAUUUCGACGACGAAGAUUUCGAUAUGUUAUGACCCGUCCAGUUUAUUCAAGAUUUACAAUCAAGUCAAUCCGAAAAAUUCUUCGCCAGGAUAAUAUCUCAUAUAUACACACAAAAACCAAACAAGAAUUAUUAAUUAUUGGUGUUAAAAAUAAUAAAAUUAAAGAUAAAAAUGAGCCAAAAUUGCCAAUUAAAAUAUUUAAUCGACACAACUAUUAUGCAUUUCGUCGUCUCUCUCAAGUUUAA